AGACAAUCAAGCAUCGGAGACGGACGGAGUCAAAUCACAGUGACGCGUUCAAUUGGAAAUGGCGUAACAACCGCCAUUAUCGUUUCUUCUCCUUCUUCCACCCAGCACACACAUACACACACACACACACGUAAUGACGUAGGGUUCAUGUCGCGAAAACACCGCCGUACUCUUACGAAUGUGUCGUAAAUCAGUAUAUAACACCACAGUGUUGUGAAAAGCUGCCCUAACUGUGUUGAUGUGACAGAAAAUGCCCUCAAAAUGCACUAGUUUGGGUUUUGACGGAGGGAAGAAGCAACACAUAUUCAUCCGCUGCUGCGCGAGCGUCAAGAGCACGGAAGUACCCGGAUGAAGUGUCAUGGCCGCCGUCGCUGUGGUUCCACAGAGAGGAGAGAAGGAAGGCGAAUGUUUCUACUGUGUGUGUGUGAGAGUGUGUGAGUGUGUGUUCUCAAACCUCUGCCUCGUUUCCGUGAUGUCGGACUCGGACGGGACGCCGCCUCGACUUCCAGCGAGUUCAUAGUGCCGUGGCAACACUACAAGCUUCUGUAUUGAUGUUUUCCUAAAGGAAUACAGAAAUCUGCAACUAUGGAGGAAGACCUCAUAAUACCUCAUGAUUCUGCCAAAAAUUGCGGUAUAUCCGUAAUAGAGGACGGAGAGGUAAAGGACUUUGUGUAUAAGCAUUUCAGAGAAGUGACCGAUGGGUCGCUCUUCCAUAAUGUAGAAGAAUUGUCCCAUAAAGAACACGGGAGUUCUAUCAAGAAAGAUAAACAAUCUCUCAGAAAAGGACAUUGUAAAAAUCAGCAGGGGGCGUUUUUCUCUGGAAAGAUUUUAAGUUUCGGGUGUUUAGUGUGUAAAGAUGAUCUCACAUACAGCCCCAAUGACCUCCUCAAACAUUUUCAAGUGGCCCAUGAAGGGACUCUUCCGACUUACCCUUGUGACCUGUGUGGCUUUGUCACAAACAAGUUUCCUACUCUUCAGCGCCACCGAAUUGAGCACAGAAACACUCUGGUUACAUGUGAGCUCUGCAACGACGACGUCAAGUACUCCCUGCUUUUGGUUACCAGACACUAUAUGAUGUGUCACAGUCAAAACGGACAUUUCAACUGUGACUGGUGUGACUUUACGACCAUGGAUGCCGGGACAUUUGUCCAGCACAUCCAUCAUCACAACGAGACUCACUGGAAGUGUCCGGAGUGCAGACACAUCAGCUUGAACGAAGAGGAUCAUGAGACGCACAUGGAAGCUCACUCGGGGUUGUUUCCCUUCACUUGUCCGAUCUGUGGAUUUGGUGCGGCACUAAAUGAGAUUCUGAAAAAACACACUGCAGCUGUUCACAAACGGUACAAUGAGAAAAGGAAUUCAUUAAAGAACCUCGAAGACGGCAGCACUCCAGCAUCUACAAACUUAAAACAGUUGCUGAAAAAGAGCGGUAACUCACAGGAGGCCCAGAGGAUAACAAAACUGAACUGCCUUUCUGGGAAUUUAACAAAUCAAAAUGGCCGGCUAAUCAAACCAGAGCUUUCCAUCGAGGAGACCCACCAUAAUGUGGAUCGGACAAAAAAGGACAACAACUGGAGUAAAGUUGCUCAUAACUUAGAGCACUCAUUAAUGUUACAGGACGGUGAUAACUCAGCAGGUUCUGAUGUUGCAAAUCACAAAAAUCCCAACGGGCUCACGGUUCUGAUGGUUAAGAACAAAAUCUCUCUUCCCCCCAACUGCACAACCAAAGUGAUGGGUUUCAAAAUGGUUGAUGGUAAAAAACACCUUGUCCUCAAAGUAAUACCAACAGUAAAACAAGAUUCAACCAUCCAGAACAACCCCUCUUUUGAGGACGUGGCACCAAAACCUGCGUUAGAUAAUGGCAAAAGCUCAGUUGAGAAUGGGGAAUGCCCUGAUGGUAAGAGUUCAUCAUUGAACACCCAUGCUGUCUCACCAAGAAAUGGGUCUUGCUUACAGUUGGAAGAAGACGAUAUUAUGGCAGUGAAGGUCAAGAUUGAAGAGGAAGAAACUUCUGUUUGCAACCUUGACACCACCACACACAGAGUUGAUAACGGGGCCCAAGCCAAUUAUCCUUCCUCAACUUGUGCAGAUUUCUUGACAAAUGAAGAUUUGGGUGACCAAAGUCACCCAAGUCAAACAUCUGGCUCUGAGAGAAGUACUUCAGAUAAUAACCUGCUCUCUGCUACUUUUAAUUCUGCUACAACCAGCCACAGUUUUUCUAAAAUAAACAGCACUGGUAAGGUCACUGGUUCGUCAUCACUUUCGAGAGUUACCCAGGAAACGGUGCAAUUUACAUUAGCCGACAAAAAUACUGCUUCAUUACCAUUGACUGACUCAGAAGCCGACGAACACACCGAUGACCAGUUUUGUCAUAGCACGCCAGGGAAGAUUAAUGGGUUUAGACCUGUGUUUAAUCAUAAAAACGGACAGCAGCAUUUUAAAAGAUUGUCGUCAACUUCACCACUUCAAUCAGAAUCAUCCCCAAUCAAUUCAGCUAGCCACAGAGAGAGUGCAGUGGGCUCUGAAUCCUGCACUCAAUGUUCACCAAGUCAAGAAGUAUUUACCUUUCACAACUAUUCCAAGGAAACGUUUUGUUCUUCACUUAACACUAACCAUAGCUUUGGCAGUAUGUCUGAACUCUCUGCCGACAGAGAAAGUACAUGCGAAUCAUCACAGUUUAGCUUUGCAGAGUCUCGAGAACCAAUCUCAGGAGAGACACCUCGGAAAGAUUCAGACGAUAUGGACAAUAUGUCAGAGAGUGACAUUGAGGUUGAUGAAUGUGUAGCUAGUGUUGAUGAUCCUCUCACUGAGGAUGAAAAUUUUGACUCGGUUCUCCAAGACUUUAAUAUAAUCAAAGUAGAAGAGGAUUGCAUUCCCAUAUCCAAAAAACCUCCAGAAACAAAGAGUAGUUCCUUUGGCAGUUUUGUGGAAGAACAUUCAGACACAAUAAUUUCCCAACAACUUAAUAAGGAUAGAGUAAAAACCUCAGGGGCUUGCAACGAUGCUUUGAAACAAACAAAAACAACUUUGCGAAUACUUCAACUGCCAGACUGUAAGCAGCCAGUUCUCCUGAGGACUGCUGAGAAUCGAUUUGCCAUGCCAGUGCAGGUCAAGGCAACCCCAGGUUUCAAGCUGAUCACUAACUCGGCACAUCCUCAGAUUAACGUAUCGUACAUGACGCCAAGUGCAGAACGAUCAAGUAACCAAACUGGUGUAACUUUGUCUCCAAACAGCAGGAGGUUAGCUGUAUCAACACCAAAGGCAGGGACUGCUGAAAAAGCGACAACUCUUCUCUCUGCUGUUCAACCAGGUUUAAGUACCUCCUCAAAUCACUAUCUCAUCCAAAGUCCCGGUUUAAAGGGUCCUGUACUUCUUUCAAGCUCAUCACAUAAUACACCCAAGGACAAAUCAGUAAAGACACAACCUACCUGUUACUUAGUACAGAAAUCUGUUCCAUUUGUCCACACCCCUAACAGUAAUGCCCUCAGACUAGCAAGUACACAACUCCCAGCAAAUUCCAGGCCAGUUCUGGCCAUGCCUGUGAGUGCUGCAGACAAAUCCAGUGCUCUGCAGUCUGGUCGACAAGCAUUCCUGCUUCGCUACAUUUCUCAACCCAAAUCUGGCCUAAUUUUGAACAACCAGGAUGGGAUUCAGUGCAGCCAAACCAGUGAAAGUUCUGCAAACAAAGUCCUAAUUAAAUUUGUUACUCCUUCCAGUGGUGCCCCCACCUCAAGUGGUCAACCUUUGUUUUUGGCCACCAGACCUCAGACCCAGUGUUUUCUGGUGGCUUCAAACAAAACAAAUGUAAAUGUCUCCAAUGGAGUCAAGAAACUGAUCACCAUCCAAAAUACUCCGCACAAAGAAUCCUGCAUUUCAAGCCCACAGAUGAAUGUAAAGGUGCAAUUGCGUGAAGCAGAGAAGCCAGUUUUAGCCCCAAGGCCAAUCCGGCCCCCAAGCCAAAGGAAAAGGAGGAGGAAAGCAUUAUUUGAUGAGCUUCCAGAAACUUUACAUAAAGCAAGAAGGUUCUCAAAUCGAGCGCUAACUGACAAAGACACUGCUGUGUUGUGGAAGCCUGUCGCCAAAGACGUUGAAAGGACACUACGGCUUGCCCCGUUCAAUUCUUUACAGCAGAUCAAAUGUCCUCGUAGGUACCAACCUGUUGUGGUGCUCAAUCAUCCCGAUGCUGACAUUCCUGAAGUAGCCAGUAUCAUGAAGGUUGUGAACAGGCACAAAGGCUUUGUCACUAAGGUCUCUCUGUCUCAGAAAACUGUCCAAGCUCUCGCUGAACUUGGUGCUCAAGGGAAGAACUACUCAACCAAAGGUGCUUCAUCUCAUAACGAUGAUCCAAGACCUCGGUCAGUUCAGAGUUCUGUCCGAGAACGAUUCAUACUGAAAAUGAAGUUAAGGAAAAAAAGCAGAAGAAAAUAUGAGGUUGUGGAACCGGGUUGCCGACGAGUGUCCGCAGCGUUUGACUGCUGGUUUUGUGGUCGUCUCUUCAACAACCAAGAAGACUGGAUUGGUCACGGCCAGCGCCACCUCAUGGAGGCAACUAGAGACUGGAAUAAACUGUUUUGAGAGUUUUCCGCUACCUUUUAAAUGACUUUAUAAUAUUCUGUCCUUUUUGAGGUCGAACAAAAUUUUUGAAGUUGUAUAUUUUUUAAUGACUUUCCAUUAAGCGUUUGUUCACGUCCGUACAUAAUUCUUAAGUGAAUUGUAGUUUAUCUUUUCAAAAGGUGCAUAUUCUUGUAAAUGAUGUACUGCAAGCAUGAUUUUUUUAAUCAUGCAUGCAUGCACAGGUCACAUUGAACUGUGAAAAUGGUACACUGUAAUUAGGAGUUGUAAGAGCACUGGUUAAAAAAGGGGAGGGGACAACAUCAGCAGAGGUUGUUGGAUUAAAUUUCUCAGGUGAUUUCACAUUCA